CACAAAAAUAACAAAUUGUGUAGAACUACCACAAAAAGAAAACUGCAUCUUUGUGGAUAAAGGUGAUUACUGAGCUAAUUCCAGGCUGAUCCUUUGCUAUGUUGUCUUUUUUUAGACUCAACAAGGGUUCAUUCCUAAAGUUUAUGAUUCUUCCUUAUUUCUGAUGGAUUUAUAGGUCAACAUUAAGUGGCUUGCAAUUAAUUACUCUGGCCAAUAACUUAAAAAGUACUUCAAAUCUUUUCAGUGCUGUGGUACACUCUACUACAUGAGCAUAUUUCCUAUCAAAGAUUUUCCUCCCACUCAGUUUUCCAAUAAUAUGCUUACCAAUGUCUGCUGGACAGCUGUCAAGCCAGAAUUUUUCCUAAGGACUGUGUAAGCCAUAACAUAUUCUAUCAAAUCAUUGUUUUUCCUCUUGAACUGUUUGGGAUACAUAUUACAUUAAAAUCAUUAAAAUCUUAUUUUGUCGUAGGUAUAUUACUGAAGUAUUUGAAUUUCUGAAGCAGAUUUUUAGAUUUUAAUUAGGUUUUUCUCAGAAACACCAAAAUGAAAAGAAAUAAACAUGCAAGUUGUAUAUUACUCUGUGUGCAGUGAUUCUUGCUCUUGCUACCUUUAAAGGAUUUUUCUAGAAAUACGAUCUGCAUGAUUCAGAAAUGCAUAAUUAUGUUAGUGUUUCUAUUUAGAUUCUAGAAGGCCUCCUUCUAAAGGGAAAGUAAUUUGCAGAACAGACUUAAUGUUAGUGUUUAUCUAGUUUAUUUAGAGUUGCUUUGUUAAUGAGGCAUCGCAAACAGCGAGAUCCUUGGCUCCAUUAAGUCUGGACUCAAAUUCUCUCUCCUUUCUCUGACCUCCUGCCUCAAUCAUUCGCUAAAACCAGAGGUCUUUUAUAUUCAUCAAGAGAGAGGAUCUGCAUAUCAGCCCGGGAGAAUUAGACCCAGUGUUUGAUUUGCCACAUACACACGGCUCAUUUGACUUGCGAGCAACCCACCCAAAGACUAACAUACACACUUAAGUCUGUCAUUACAGUAAAGCUAAUAAACUCUCUGCUCCGAAGUAAACAAUGUCAGGAAUAAUGUAGAUUAGGAGAGUUGCAAUCCUCCAUCUGAGAAGACAAAAAGAAAGAUAGCUGUAAUUAUUCUGAAAUUUAAAGUAGGUUUAUUGCUGAUGUUGUUUCCAGUUUUUGUAUUUAAAUAGUUUCAGAGCAACAUUCUGACUCACACAGAAACAAGAUAAUGGCCAAUGAUAACCCAUGAAUAACAGAGUAAAUAAUGUAUCUACAAAGAAUGCCCUUCUGAAUUCUUUUACAACCACUGAAACUUUUCACAUUUUAUUGCACAGCCACAAAAAUCUGAAACGUGUGAUGUGUAGUUUUGCCAUUUUAUUUUUAUUCUUGAAUCAAGGAUUGAACAGAGUUUCAGGAGGUGCUUCUGAUAUUGUUUUAUAACUUAACCCUGCUUUGAAGUCCUACAAGAGAUUAAAUUUUAUAUUUAAUUCAAUUUUAAUAAGACAAACUAAUCAAGAUUCCUGAACGUUACAUUUUAUAUAGUCCUAUUUUUCCUUUACAUGUUUAUUUACAUUUAAAUGUCUGUUUUUCUUGCAUUAGUGUGGCGAUGUAAAGUGGCGUAGCACCAGUUCACACCUCUUACUAGGAGACAAAUGUAACACAGCAGUUUGUGGGAAAGCAACUUGGGACUCAGCUCCACAGUAGAAGUGAAAACAAAUCCCAUCAAAAGGACAUCACUGGACACAAAAUGUGUGUCGAGCAUUUGUAAAACUCAUCUCUAAUCUUUUCCCACCUGUACUGCAGCAUUUGUUCAUUCCAAUUCAAAUGAUUGUUUUUCCUCUUGAAUUGUUUGGGAUACAUAUCAUAUUAAAUGUGGCUAAAGUUUUUGAAAGAUUUUUGUUUAUUUUUAUGUUGCAGAAAGUUAAGAUUUGAACUGGAGUUUGCAGACUUCUUAACUUUAUGAUGCUAAAAUCACAAUGACUGCUGUACAGUUUUGUUUCAAUAUUUUAUAUAUCAUUGAGAUAUUAGAGUCAGACUGAUUUAUUGAAAGGGUAAUUUCUGUCGAUUUGGAUGACCAAGGCACACAAACAAUGAAAAUCCAAAACUUUGCUUCAACCAAAAUAAAAUAAAAUUACACCAAAGGGGGAUUUUGUUACAUAAACCUUAUUUUGGGGGUUAUUAUAGGGGAUAGAUAACAAUGGGACCCAAUAGAUGACUUGCUGGAAAAGCUGGUUGUUCAAAGCAUAUCAGAGGUUCAAGGUUCAGUUCAAGAGUUAGAGGAAGAUUUACAAAGUAUGAACUGCAACUGAGGUCGACACUUUCUUUUGGAGACUGGCAUUUCAUAUUUUGUUGAUAUUUACCAGCAAUUAAAUACCUGAGAUUAACCAGUGUUUUCAUAGUGUUGCAUAUUGAGGUUUUAAAUUGAAUAUUUGUCUGAAGAUUGGUUGCAUCUUUUCCAUCCAGGUUCUGAGAGCUGAGACCAGCUGCUGGCCAAAUAGCUAAAGGUGCUAAUCAUUCACACCUCCCAGCUGACACGGCACACUUAUUCUAAGCCAGUCUAAAAGAAGUAAAAUGACAGGAAGGACCAAGGCCCAAAGUAUUCAUUAAUAAAUAUAAAGCAAGAUUUUCCUUAUCUAUGCAAACAGCAUUCAUAUGCGACAGAUAAUGGGCCUAAGAGCUUGAUAUUUCAUUCAGACAAGCAUUUACUCAGCAUACAAUGAUUCAGAGGAACUAUAAAAAAAACAAUAUUUUGACUUUUGUAUUGCAGAUUGUUCCAGGGCUUCAAUGAAUCCCUGAGUUUCUAAUGAUAAUCUCUGGCUUAAGGCCAGGCAUGUGGCCCCUUCAUGAUAGUGUUAUUUUCAAACACCUGCAGAAGCAUGAUGCUCACACUAGAAGAGCCACAUCACACCUUGUACUGGAGCAUGCCAGUUUCCCAUGGGACCCCCUGGCCAAGGUGUCAUCCCUGCUCCCAGAGCUCCUCAGGACCAGAGGUGGCUCCCAGGAGGUGACGCUUCACACCCCUCACCACAUAUAUUGAGCAGCCUCCUUCUCUCUUCUCAAUAUCCAGAGCAUCCUUCAGCAGAAACCCACUGACAGGCCAGCACCGCAGCACCAACUGACAACAGGAAAACUGAUACUUCAGCAGUGACUAUGGAAAUGGCCUACUGUUCUCUCCAGCUUCAGAAGAACUCCUUGUUCUUUGAUUAUGAUCUUCUUCUAGAAAAGUCUCCAGCUUGUGAUCCAUCCUCAGAUCCUGGUUAUGCCAGCACAGGCAGCAGCUUCUCUCCUUCCUCCUCUGUGGACUCUUUUUGCUUUUCCCCGGUCUCCCUUCAGGCCUUAGGAAAGGAGCAAGAUGUCUUGAACUGUUUCUGGUUCAGCAGCACGUUGGAGCCUCAACCAUCCCAACAAUCGGACACCGUCCUCAGCUCCAGGCCUUCCUCUUCAGCUAUCGUCCCCAUGAAGAAGUCCAGGUCCAAGUAUCCAAGUAAAAAGCGGCAGACUGCAAGCGAGAGGGAGAAGCUGAGGAUGAGGGAUCUGACCAAAGCUUUGCAUCACCUCAGGACAUACCUUCCUCCCUCCAUGGCACCAGCUGGACAGCUAACCAAGAUCGAGACACUGCGCCUCGCUAUUCGAUACAUUUCUUAUCUGUCGGAGGAGUUGGGGCUCUGCCAGGAGGUGCUGGAGCAGAGGAGAUCCUCAGACUUUGUGGAGCAGGCCCAAACCCUCAGCCAGUUCCUGGAUCAACCAACAGCCAUGAACACAGAGCAGCUGUCCUCUCUGCACCAUUCAUAUCAGGUACAGUUACAAUUUCUUUUUAUAUAAAUAAAGACAGCUCUCUAUACAUCUCUGUAGUACAGUUAAAAUAUCUUUCUUUGUUGUUUGUUUUCAGGAUUUAAGUGCAGGUUACUUCACCAGUGAGGAGUCCUGGAAUCACCAUGAACAGUCAAAAGCUUUGGCAUUCACUGGACAGUAGUGAAUGCCGGUCCAGUGAAUGUCCUAAUAUAUGGACUAAACUUCUCAAGCUUCUAAUUUUGAACCAAUAAUUUUCUGUUGUUUAGUUACUUUUGUACAUAGAAAUAUGUAUUUAUUAAGUUUCCACAAUGUGAAAAAAAUAAACAUUAUUUAUCAUAAAAUCCCUUGUUGAUUUAACUACUCCAAGCCCAAAUGUUCAGCUACACACAGCAUUCACACCCAGUGUUUGGCCUUUGAUGCACACAAACGUAGCAGCUGUCUGUAGGAUGUGUUAAACAGGUAACACUUCCCUUCUAAAGCUUUUCAGGAAAGUGUCCCACUGAGAGAAGUGACAGCUGAUCUAGAGCCAGUUAACUACCAUGUUUCUCACCCUGCUUUUAAAGAUUUAAAAUAAAGUUUUUAUGUAAUACAGUCAUAGUAUUCACUUGGUAGAUAUUACACAGCACCAAAUGUAAACAGAUAUUACACAGCACCAAAUGUAAACAGAGGUCACAGGACAGAGUUGCACAAACUCAAUGCUUUCCUUACACCUCAGCCAAGAUGUUAAAUCAUGACAUACUUCUGUAGACAUGCAUUCCUGAGUUGUAGUUAUCACAGUUCUCUGCUUUGCACACAUAAAACUUCAAUGUUUGCUAAUUCUUCUUUGCAAAAAAAAAAAGUAUUACAUAGGGAUCAUUUGACCUUUGACCAGGCCAUUCUAACACAUUUAGAUAUUGUGAUCCAAACUAUCCAAAGUUUAGGAUCACUGUUUUAUUAAACCUCCCAGUUUCAAGCCUUUUUCAGUCUUCAUACAAGUUUUCCUCAAGGAUUUUCCUGUUUUUAUCUCUAUCCAUGUUCCUGUGAAGUCUGACAAUUUUCCCUCUCUCUUUACUGAAGCAUUCCACAACAUGUGUCAACAUGGAGGAUGGUGUGUUUAGGAUGACAUUUGGUUUUAUAGUGGCAUUUUGCAUGUAGACCCUCCAAUCCAAGGCAUUGUUUAAGGCUUUCUUUUUUAAAAAUCUUUAAUAAAGGCCAGAUUUUCUUUUCUAUUCCACAGCAAAUAAUUAUCCUGCCAACAAAUUCUCCCACCUGAGCUGUGGUUCCUAUUCCGAUUAAUUUUAGUAUUUUUAAUAUUAAAAGCUACAUUAUAUAUCAAUGCGUGCAAAUAUGUCAGAAUAGAGGCAGACGUUUGGCUGGGGUUUAAUUUCUGAAAGUGUUGUGAAACUUUCAACCACACAUUUCAUUCCAAAGAAAAAUAAUAUCUUAAUGCAUAAACAGAAUCUGUUUCAGAACGUUGUAAAUUUCAGCCUAAACAUGUAAUGAGGUGAAAUAUCCUUCAGGUAAGAUGUUAA